UAAUUUAAAGACAAUGGAAUCAAUAGAAAAAUGAUAUCGUUUACUUCACUUGCUGAAAACUAAAUCCAUAAGACAUCUAGCGGAUGUUAAAUUAACUGAUUAUUUUGGGUAUUUAUGGUAGACAUGCAUGCAAGAUUCGUACGAUGCAGUUACCUAAUAUCGUUAAGUUACAUAAGUUAGAAAAUUGGACUCCGACUCGAUUUACUUAAGUUAUGCUAGAAAAGGGACGGACAUCAGAAUCGUCAUUUUUAAAUAUUUGUGACUGUUUUAAUCAAUCAUCCUUACUCUGGUGUCAAAAUUCCUCUGGUUACGUUACUAUAAGUUAUGCUAUGAGACCCAGGUACUUUGUACGGGUCUAAAAACAAAGUGUCAUAGUACGAAAAGAAAAGAGAGCAGAGGUUUUAGUAGUCAUUCAAAAGUUGUAUCGUCAAAAAGUGAAAUAAGUUUUGUGUGAUUUUCGGUUUCGUUUGGAAAAAAAGUCAGCAUGUGAAAAGGUUUAUUUAUUUCGGUGGAAUAUAUUGGAAAUAGGAUAAAUUGAAAACAUUAAAACAAUACAAUGGCUGAUGAAAAUGAAAAGUUAUUGAUGACUUUAUUGAAGAAGAGUGGAAAUAAUGUGUGUGCGGAUUGUAACAGUAAAUACAUCGAAUGGGCAUCGUACAACAUUGGCAUUUUUCUUUGCACCAGAUGUGCAACAGUUCACCGUGCAAUGGGAUCGCACAUAUCAAAAGUCAAACACCUGAAAAUGGAUAAAUGGGAAGACAGUCAAUUAGAACGAAUGAAAGAUAUUGGAAAUCUUAAAGCCAAAAUAACGUACGAGAAAAAGGUGCCAGCUUGCUACAGACGACCUUGCGAAUACGAUCCACAAGUUCUCAUCGAACAGUGGAUUCGAGCAAAGUAUGAACGUCUAGAAUUCUCUCAACACGAACGACCCAGCUACACAUCCGGUCAGAUGGAAGGUUUUUUAAUGAAAAAGGGAAAAGAAGACAGUCGCUACCAGCCCCGUAAAUUUGUGUUAUCAGAAACCGAAGACACUCUUAAGUAUCACGUCAAAGAAAGUCGCGAACCGAAAGCAGUUCUCCGUUUAUCCGAGUUAAAUGUAGCGUUUGCACCACAAAAAAUUGAGCACAGCAAUUCGAUGCAAUUGACCUACAUGAAGGACGGCUCUACGCGACACAUUUACGUCUAUCACGAUGAUCCGGAAUGCAUAAACAAUUGGUAUAUGGCGAUAAGAUGCGCCAAAUUGCACCGGCUUCAGAUUGCAUUUCCCACCGCACACGAAUCAGAACUGGUGAGUCUGUUGACUCGAGAUUUUGCUCGCGAAGGUUGGCUAUAUAAAACUGGACCGCGUCCUUCUGACGGAUACAAACGGCGAUGGUUCACAUUGGACAAUCGUAAACUUAUGUACCACGAUGAUCCUCUGGAUGCGUACCCCAAGGGGGAAAUAUUUUUGGGACAUCAAUUGGAGAAUUAUAGUGUUCGAGUUGGUGCUCCCACUGGAGCCAAGGAUCAAGGCUAUAGUUUUACAUUGUUCACACCGGAAAGGGUUUACAACUUAUCAGCUAGCAGUGAGCAGGACAGAGACGAUUGGAUGAAUUUAAUACAAAAUGUGUUAGAAAGACCAUUAACGCCUCAGGAUAAUUCGAUAUCUGCAAAACUAAUACGAAAACGAACCGGUACCAACGCUAUAAAUAUUUUCACAGGUAGAUAAUAGAUAAUUUGGAUUUGUUCGGUUUUUAGACAAAUGAAGAGAAUAUUUUAGUGACAAUUUUAUGGAGAAAAAAAAAUUAAUUGAAAAUUUGUGUAGAAAAAGAGUUUUUCUUUUCUUUAGUCUAUUUUGAUGUUAAUUUAGUUAACAAUUAUUUCGAACCAGACGUAUUCACGAUGAAUUCCCACUCGGGCGAAGAAGAAACAAAAAUCAACUCACAAUGACAACGAACGAUUAAAAGCUUAACGCACUUUAACCGAUUUGUUUUCUGUAAGUUUUGAUUUAUAGUCGACGGAAAUUAUCGAUGAAUGUUUUACUAAAAAUAGAAUUAAACGAAAUCCCAAUUGAUUUCAUUUAAAAACAAAAAGUUUCAUUGGAAAUAACAAAAAAUGAAGAACGAAAAACUGUUGACGAAAUGUUAAAUAAAUUAUUUUU